CCUGCGUACAGUGAUGUGCGGAGAGUGAUCGGAAGAUACCAGUUCACGUAGAUACCAGUAGAUACAAUUGCAGAAAGAAAACGAGCAGGCCGAACGCGUUCAUCAGUGACCAGUGUUCAAUCUCACAGUGCAGUGCUUGGAUUCAUUUUACAGUAAUCGAUUUGUCACCUAUGCUGUCGGUCUGUCUUCACAGCGUUAGCAAUAACAUUCUCAACAUGAGCGAAAACAAAAAAAUGGAAUCUAAAUCAUGCGAGAAUAACAAAGAUUGUGACUUGGACUAUAUAUGCUUUAACAAACUGUGCGUAGAUUCUACGAACUUUUGCUCGCGAUUCAAUCGUAUAAAGGGUGAGGUAAAGACCAUCAACGGGCAAAAAUGCGGACCUUGUAAGACAGGAUUCAGCAAAGAAAUACUCGCGGACGGCAAAGAAAAUGAUUUUUGUCAAAAGAACGUUACUGACACAAAACCCUACUAUGUAGAAUCUACAAUGGACAAUACAACGGAUAUAACAAAAUUGACAUUAAUGAUAAUAUUUCCAAUCCUUAUUGUCUUUAUUACGAUUUACUUAUUAAUGUGGUUUAUACGCAAUAGACGCAACUUUUUUACGCUGAAUAAUGCAGCAAAUACUGAGCUUGCAAUUACUGAGGUUGCAACUACUAAUACAAAUGACGAAUUAACAAGUAUUUCACUGGAAGAGCAAAGACCAUUUACAGAGCUUGCUAAAGAGAAAUGUUGUGACAAUAAUUACAGACGAACUAUAAACAAUGAAUAUCAAACUGCUAGAGUGUGUACACCACCACAGUAUCAAGUUACCCCAUUGAGGAUUUGUGCUAUCGUAGCAAGUGCACCUAUCGUAUCGUCUUCUGGUAAUAACGUUCCUGGCGCAAAUGUUCCUAACGAAGGAUAUAUUGUAGGGCAAUUACAAAACGAUAUUCCUGAUAACCAGUCUACAAUGCAAACGACUAUUACUGGACGGCCGGAAGUUAACAUCGAACAGGAAGAUAAUGCCAGAAAUACAACAUUGCUGCAGACUUAUUCAUCAGAUAGCGACACAGAUCCUGAGUCGAAUGAAAAGAAUAACGCUGAAAAGAAAAGUGAUAUUAUUAUAAAUCAAGCACUCAGUAAUACUAUUAAUAUGAGUGUGAAUGUUAUUCAUUAAUAGUUCAUUCAAGUAGUUAUGCAAAUGAAAACGAACGUUAGUAUUAAUUAUUAUUAUUUUUAAUGUUAGAUAAGUGGCCUUGUUAAUGUUAAAUCAAAACAGGUCUUGGAUUCGAUUCUGAUCUGUAUAUACUAUCCCAGACAACACUAUGUCCAAAAUCGGGACAUAAAACAUACAACAGGAUAUAAACGUACGUCUUAAAGAUGUUUUAAUACUAUUUAGGAUCCUGUGUACGUCUCGAUUUUAUACAGGAUUAAUUAGAAAGUUGAAAAGGAAUAAAGUAUGAAAUCAAUUAUAAAUCAUUUCAUAUCUCAAAAAUUAUUUAUAAGAUAUAUACAUAUAAAUAUGUAUAGGUACACACACACAC